AUGCCCCGGGAUGGUGCCAUGGCCGCUCUAGCCAGGCUGAGAGUUCAAUUGAAGGCUUCCGAAACAUCGUCAGUUAUGUGUUGCUCUACAGCCCAGCAUGAGAGGCAUAGUACGACGUCAGUGAACGCCAAUGCGUCAUCAUCGGCUACCAACUUUCAUCCGCCCACCAUCACAGUGCCGAUGGAAAGCAGGCCAUGGAGAAAUACCAGCCGUCCUUUCUUCCGCAAUAGUACUGCUGCCACCUCUUCAGCACACAUUGCACUCUGGGCUUCCAUGACCAGUCCAGGAAGCAUCGGCGCUUUGCCGAGUGCAAAGACGACCCAACCUCGCCCCGUAGCGCCCACACUGGCUCAAACUCCGUCAGCCAAUCCGACUGUUCUCACGGGUACAGGAACACAGGCCCGUGGUAGUCUCUCAUUUCUCUUGGCUGCUGUUGUUUUCCUCUCCUUUCUCUGGUUUCUGUAA